UGAAAAAUUUGCUCAAUUCUGCCUUUAUCCCAAUAGAAGUAAACUUUUAGACAUUGCGAGUGUUAUGCGGUCUAUUGGMAAACAGAAAAUUCCUUAACUAUGUUCUUUACACCAUUCGACAGAUCAUUUAACAAUCUACAAGUGCGCCAAAAGUGAUUUUUCUGACACUUUUCCUAGUUUGUCAGGAAUUGYUUUUUGGCAAACACAUUUUUUGAACGCUCURCUCACUGUCUUCAGGCCUGGUUUUUCUGCUCUUGUCCAUCUUGAUCCAUUAAGAUCAACAGCCAAUAGUAACAAUUGAUGAUUAAUUAAUGAAAAUUCUCAUCAAAGAGGUUUGCGGUUAAUCGUUGCAUUAUUAAUAACCAUUGUUUAUGCUGACCUUCGCCAACUUCGGACAUUUAUGCAGAUUCUCAAUUCAAUGGCACUUACCGAGGAGGCAUCAAAAGAAAAUAGGAGAAUUUUGGAUAAAAUUUGUGGAAAAUCGCCUAUAUUUUAGUCAACAUCAGAGGUUCUGGACGAGAAGCGUGUAUCUCUUAGAUGAGGCUGAGUGGACUUUUCCCUAUGUGCCUUGUUUGAACACUAUUGAGUAAAACUUGCCUCCUCAAUAGUAAGAAAGUACAUUCUAAAAAACCCUUAUAGAUACUCUAUUUAUACGAUUUCUGAUUAACAAUGAACAAACUGCCGACUAUACCUGAUAAACAUCGCUGCUGUUAGAAGAGAAAAAAGCAACAAAUUCAAAAUCCAUGAAAGAUAAUCUCAGUUGACCUCAGGCUGGCCUAAGAAUAGCGCGCGUCUGUUAAGUUUGCUUGCAAAAUUCAAUCGGCAGCAGGAUAAAAAAUCAAAAUGUGGUUUCAAAAUUUCUGGGCAGUUUUUGCCGCAAUGAGUUUUACAAAAACUGCGGUCGAGGCGAUAAAUGAUCGACUGAGGAACGACUUUUUCUACAUCUACAAAAAUGCUGCUGUCGAAACCAGAGACUUCCAACAGAAGCCUGUUACUGAAAACGAAGUUUCAUUCUAUCUCUAUACGGGGGAGAAUCCCAAGGAAUAUUCUGUUAUCGGCCAAGAUAAUUUGGACCAAUUCUGGAACACAACAAAUCAAAUCGUCCUGUUAAUUCACGGUUGGACAAACAGUCGGCAAUCGGAUUGGAUGGAGGAUUUGAAAAACGCUUUUCUUGUACGAGAUAAGGACAGUUUUGUUAUUAUGGUAGACUGGCAAGAGCCGGCUAAUCAACUCUAUUAUGUGUCUUCGAUCAAUACAUACGACGUCAGCAAGAUUAUAACGAAACUUUUGGUGAAUCUAUAUAGGAACUAUCAGGUGGAUAGGGAGAGGUUCCUGCUGGUGGGGCAUUCGCUAGGGGGGCAAAUUUGCGGCUUUGUCGGGAAAUUAUUCAAAAAGGAAACUUCGGAAACUUUGCCCAGACUCAUCGCCCUGGAUCCUGCCGGUCCGCUCUUCUCAACCCGGCCGGAAGAUAAGCGGCUCAAUAAAAACGAUGCUCGAGUAGUGGAAGUUAUUCACACUGAUGGAGGCACUUUCGGGUUCCGAAACUCCUGCGGAACCAUCGACUUUUUUGCGAAUGGUGGAAGCAGCCAGCCUGGCUGCAAGAAAAUCGAUUUGGCUGAUUUGGCCGGAUCGUUAUCGGAACCUGUUACUUGCGACCACCGUAGAGCUUGGGCCUAUUUUAUAGAGGCGGUGUUGAAUCCCAGCGAUUUGGUGGCGCAGAAAUGCGACACUUGGGCAAAGUUCAAACUCAAUUCCUGCAGUGAAGAGACUGUGCCUUUGGGCGAUUUGACCACCACUUUGCAGGGCAAUUUUUUCCUGCAAACCAACAAGGAACGACCCUACGCCAAGAAGGUUUCUGGCGGCUUUAGCUUGUCCAGACUGUUGUUGUGAUGGUUUCAAUGUUGUUAACACAUUUUUAUCCGUACGUGUUUUAAAGCCAAAUGUUUGCUGACAAACUGGAAAAUUGCCCUCGAUUUAAUUGGUCAGUCUCAGACCCCUUGUUGCACUUAAGUCAAACGAAAAUACACUUGUUCUUAAUGGUG